AUGAGGAACAGGAGCACAGUGGAGAUAAAAAAACUACUUGAACCUCAGCAUCAGCCUCCAGCAGAAGGACAAGGAACUGAACCAAAGCACUUCAAAAAGAUAGUCAUACUAAAUGCAGAAUUUGCAUUCAGAUUAUACAAACUCAUUGCUUCAGAUCCAUCUCUCCAAAAUGUCAUUUUCUCUCCUUUGGGCAUCUCCUCAGUCUUUUCUAUGCUGAUGCUUGGAGCUAAAAAUGAAACCCAUCGUCAGCUUUUCAAUGGACUUGCUUUCAACCUCUCAGAUGCUGAAGAGAAUGAGAUCCAUGGAGCAUUUAACCAAGUCAUCCACACACUUAACCAACCCAAUAAUAUCACACAGAUGAAUAUUGGGAAUGCUUUGUUCAUAGAAGAGUCCUUGCAAUUGGAGCCCAAAUUUCUGAACAAUGUCAAAACCCUGUAUGAAGCGGAUGGCCUUCCAAUUAGCUUCAGAAACACCACAGCAGCAGAAAACAAGAUAAACGAUUAUGUAAAGAACAAAACCAAUGGAAAAAUCCCUCAAGCAAUCCAAGGACUAGAUGAAAACGAUGUAAUGGUACUUCUAGACUAUGUCUUAUCUAAAGCACGUUGGAGAAAUCCUUUUCACCCUAUAUUUACUAAGGAAACAGAUUUCUUUGUGGAUGCAAACACAACAGUGAAGGUCAACAUGGUGUACCAAAAAGGUGACUAUGAUUUUCUUCACGAUGAAGACUUGUCUUGUUGGGUGGUCAGAGUGCCUUACGACGAAGAUUACGCUGCAUGGUUUAUUCUGCCGGACAUGGGAAAACUGAAGGCUGUGGAGAAUGCUUUGUCAAGACAAGUUUUUAUGAAAUGGAUUGCAUCGAUCAAAACUGAUAAAAUACAUUUGCAUAUUCCGAAAUUUUCCAUGUCUCAAUUCCAUGAUGUCAAAGAUGUAUUGCAAAGACUGGGUAUGAAAUAUGUCUUUAGUGAUGAAGCUGAUCUAUCUGGGAUUACUGGCAAACCCAACGUGAAGGUUUCCAAAGCUGUUCACAAGGCCGUGCUGGAUGUUCAUGAGGGAGGCACCGAGGCAGCAGCUGCCCCAGUUAUGGAGUCUGAAUUCGAUUCUGAUCAAGUCCCUCCUACUCCCACCAUCAAAUUUGAUAGACCAUUCAUAAUGAUCAGUGGUCAUAAGCCACUAAGGCACUUUACGGUCAUGGCAAGAGUUAUUGAUCCAACUGCCAAAUAAAUCUUAUAU